AUAUUCAAUUCGUCCCCAAUCCAGAGCAUAUUCGAAUUUAGGGCUCUUCUCGAUCCCCAUUACACCGAACUUUUAUUUUAGGUAAGUCCUACAACACCUAACCCUUAAAAUUCAAACAAAUUUUUGUUUCCGCUCUCUUCCAGAACGCUCUGCCAGUGCUGUCAGCUUGAGUCAUUUGGAAAUCGCUCUCUCUUUUUGGAAACCCUCAUCAUGAAGUUCUUAGAGUACACCCCUCUGGACCGCAUAAAUGAUUUCUUGAGUCAUUUGAAUCUCGGAGAACGCUCCAUCAAAGGAUGCCUUGAAGCUUACUCUUGCAAGCACACAGGAACAGACAAGAAGCUCUCUCUCAGUUUGGAGCACGAGAUCCUUGACUAUCUUGGGAAAUCCUCAGACAGCUACUCCUCCUCCCCCGCUGAAUAUUUGCUCAGCAGAUCCAGCCGGAAGACUUUGAUUUACCUGGUCCUUGCACUCUAUCACACGUGUCCUGAUUACGAUUUCAGUGCAGUGAAGGCUCACCAGUUUUUUAUGGAGGAAACCUGGGACACUUUUAAGCAGAUUUUCGAUACCUACAUGCUUGAAGCAUCGAAGGAAUGGAAUGAGGCAAAUGAAGGCUAUUCCCUGCUGGAAGAUUUGCGGAAGGCUUUGGAUGAGGUUGUAAAGCUAGCAGAAUGUGAAAUAUAUAGUUACAAUCCGGAUUCUGAUGCGGACCCUUUUCUAGAGAGAGGAGCAAUAUGGUCUUUCAAUUUCUUCUUCUACAACAGAAAACUAAAGCGUGUUGUGAAUUUCCGUUGCUGCUGUUUAAGUAACUUAGCUGAUGGAUUUCAUUUUGAGACCCUUGGUUAUGAGGACGAUGGGGAGAUUUUUGAUGACAUGGACAUAUGAAUCCUAACUCUCCUGUGCUUGCCGUCAUGUUUUUAUGUGAAGACCUUCAACUUCCAUGUGUAGUUAUGUAAUCCAGGUGACCGUACCAGACUUAUUCCUCUUGAGCGGGUACAUAUGUAGCUGUUUUAGUGUGUUCUAUACGCAUAUAGUUUGUUAAUCUUGUAGGUGUAUUAUAGACGGUGUCCAUUAGAAUGUAUUCAGUUUUAAUAGACAGCUGCCAUAUAUUUGGACAAUCUCAGUAUCUUUUAAUUGUGUGCAUUCAGAAACUGUAGCAUGACUCAAUGAUUAGAGUCUUUGAAGGGUAAAGCUAAUUAGGCAGGUGUUUCUUUUUCUUUAAAUUUUUAAAAAUAAGACCGGUGUAUAUCCUGGA